CCCUACAAAACCCAAAAAACAAACCACAAUACAGAGCACACACAAACAAAGCUUUUCUUGGAAAAAAAAAUUUCAUACCAAACUUCUCGCGUUUCCUGAAUUUCGAUCUCCUUUUUUUGGGUUUGACGAACCAGCGACGAUGAUGAGUCGCCGUGCGACUAGGGUGGUCCGGUCUGUGUUGGUGGGUCAUGCGGCUCCGAGGUUGUUCUUCUCCACGGCGGCGAGAGAGUUGGCCGCCACCGCCUCCGCUGGAUUCUUUCAUGUGAAUCAGGGUAAGGGGGCGGAGAGGAUGUGGGUCAGAUUUCCGGUGAUGGGUGUGAGGAAUUGUAGUACGGUGGCUUUGGAUGAGAAGAAGAAAACGGAGGAGAAGCAGGUGGAGAUGGGCUCGGCCGGUGGUGUCAGCGGCGGCGAUAAGGCGAUAGUGAGUUACUGGGGCGUUUCGCCGGCGAAGGUUACCAAGGAGGAUGGUACCGAGUGGCGCUGGACCUGCUUUAAGCCAUGGGAGACCUACAAGGCGGACCUGUCAAUUGAUCUGAAGAAGCACCAUGUCCCUGUAACGUUCUUGGACAAAGUUGCUUUUUGGACCGUGAAGUCUCUUAGAUACCCUACCGAUAUAUUUUUUCAGAGACGAUAUGGAUGUCGUGCAAUGAUGCUAGAAACUGUGGCUGCUGUCCCCGGCAUGGUUGGAGGGAUGCUAUUGCACUGCAAGUCAUUGAGGCGGUUUGAGCACAGCGGUGGUUGGAUCAAGACAUUGUUGGAUGAAGCAGAAAACGAACGGAUGCACCUCAUGACCUUCAUGGAGGUAGCCAAGCCUCGAUGGUACGAGCGUGCCCUUGUCUUCACAGUCCAGGGGGUUUUCUUCAAUGCUUACUUCUUGGCAUACCUCAUUUCACCAAAACUGGCUCACCGUGUGGUUGGGUACUUGGAAGAGGAGGCAAUUCAUUCCUACACCGAGUUCCUGAAGGAGUUGGACGAGGGGAACAUUGAGAAUGUCCCAGCUCCGGCAAUCGCCAUUGAUUACUGGCAGCUGCCACCUAACUCCACUCUCCGUGAUGUGGUCAUGGUUGUAAGAGCAGACGAGGCUCAUCACCGUGAUGUUAACCACUUUGCAUCAGACAUACACUAUCAAGGACACGAACUGAAGGAAGCUCCAGCCCCGCUUGGGUAUCACUGAAGGAUCAGAAAUCCGAUUAAUGAAGGACGUGUUGAGCUGUGAUACUAUAAAGUUCAAAAGUAUCUUUCUUCAAUCCAUAUUAAUAAGACACAAUGAAGUUUGUUGUGUAGACAUAUUGGUGUCCAUAUUUUCAUGUGCCUGCUUCUGAACUUUUGCCUCUGUUCUCUUCUUGGAGUUCAUAAUCAUAGGUGAUAAUGUAGUUCAUUAAUACAAGCUAUCUCCUUGUGAAUGGUAUACUUGAAGCUCCUCUCUCUCUCUCUCUCUCUCUGUGUAAGAGUGGCACACACUACAUGCGUGAGCUAAAUUCAACAAUUGUUUGUGUAGCAAACAUGGGUUGUAUAGUAUUUAGCGAAUUUGAUGUGGGUUUGAUCUUAAUUGAACUGUAAGUAUGGUUUGUUUACAUAUUUACCCUUUUGGUGGAUGAGUAAAACCGUGGUAGAGAAGGCUUACCCUUUUUUCUUUUUCA